UGGUGAAAAAUUCUCGGCUUCUCUUUUUUUUUUCCUUUCCCGCCAUGGAAGCCAUGGAAAUCGAUUCGGAGAAGAACCUCCAGAGAAAGCAUUCCACCUAUAACUUGCUGGACGAGAGGUUUGAGAUUCAGAAAGAGAUGUACAGGGGUCAGCAGUACAGCCAAAUAUACUUUGUACGUCUCCAUAUGAUGAGGACCCUCCUCUAUUCCCUUGUCCCUAAUUGGAAACCCCAUUUACCAGUUUGCACAGUUUUGGGAUUGGAAAAGGACAAGGAAUGCAUUGUUGUUGGAACCCUGUACAAGCACAUGAAACUCAAACCUUGUAUUCUUGAUGAGUACUCUAAGACGAGAUCUACGACACCACUUGUCAAGCCUCAUAAUUUUGUGCACCCGGAUGACCAUCUGGUUUUGGAAGAUGAAAGUGGAAGAGUAAAGCUUGCUGGGAUGCUUUCACCUUCUGUAUAUGUAACAGGGAGUAUUGUUGGUUUGCAUGGAAAGGAGACUGAUGCUGGUGACUUCUUAGUCCUAGAUGUUCUUGAAGCUGGCUUGCCACCCCAGAUAGAGCUGCCACUUAAAUCAAGAGAAGACAAGUAUGUUGUCUUUGUGUCUGGACUUCGUGUUGGAAGCAGCUUUUCAAACCCUCUUCAGUUACAGCUUCUUGUUGAUCAUAUUACAGGACAUUUAGGAGAUGAGAAGGAGCAAGGUAUUGCAGCACAAAUAGUUCAUGUUGUUAUUGCUGGAAAUUCUAUUGAAGUUCCUCGAGGACUUCUUAAUGGACAGAAUUUAGCGUCAAAGGAUCAAUCAAAGCUGUCUGAGCCAAUUAAGGAGCUGGAUAUUUUGUUGACUCAGAUUGCUGCAGGUUUGCCUUUGGAUAUCAUGCCAGGUCUCGAUGACCCUGCUAAUUUUGCCUUGCCGCAGCAGCCUUUGAACCGAUGCCUUUUCCCUGGGUCAUCAGCUUAUAACACAUUUAGAUCAUGUACUAAUCCCCAUUGCUUUGAUCUUGAUGAUAUCAGAUUUCUUGGAACAUCGGGUCAAAAUAUAGAUGAUCUUGAAAAGUAUUCAGAAGCAAAGGAUAAACUUGAAUUUGUUGAAAGGACAUUGAGGUGGAGGCAUCUGGCACCAACAGCACCUAAUACUCUUGGGUGUUAUCCUUUCACAGACAGGGAUCCUUUCCUGAUUGAGAGUUGCCCUCAUGUUUACUUCAUUGGUAAUCAGGAUAAAUAUGAUAGCCGCUUAAUAAAGGGAUCUGAAGGGCAGAUGGUGAGACUCAUUUGCAUUCCUAAAUUCUGUGAGACAGGAGUUGCUGUUGUGCUAAACUUGGGAAAUCUUGAAUGCCAUACGCUCAGUUUUGGGACUCACUUCAGCUCAUAACAACACGGCUUCCAAAAUGUUAUAAAGGAUUUACAGUAGUUUGUGGCUAUCAAUACAUCCUCUUAACAGCAUUUGUGGAGAUCCCCUGAAGAGAAAGCCCAAUGGGAUGAAUCUGUGGAGCCAAAACCUGCCACUUAUUUUUAUUUUUUAUUUUAAACAUUUUGCUUAUAGAGUAUCCUAUAUUUAUAAAAUUGGCUUUUGGUGUAAUUUUUGUUGUAUUUAUUUUCAAGUAGGCAUUUUGGUGAUUGAAGAUGUUAAUGAAGUUUCAAACUUUAGUAGAUUUUA